UCCUGCUAAAGACAGAUCUCAGAUUCUCUACGCUAACAGGGAGAGAUGGCAACGGCGUCGUCUUCAAGCGAGGAAGCAUUGAAGAGGAAGAAGAAGAAGCAGGGUUUGGGUUGGAUAGAGUGGUUGAGAGGUUGGUUCCACUUGAUCUACGAAAUGCUUUUCCAACGAAUCAUGGCAAGCCAUUUGCACAAUCCCAUGCCACUACCACCUCUCAAUGAUCUCACUUGCAUUGUUACCGGAUCCACCAGUGGCAUUGGCCUUGAAAUCGCCAGGCAAUUGGCACAAUCUGGGGCCCAUGUUGUUAUGGCCGUGAGGAAUACAAAGGCGGCUCAGGAGUUGAUCCAGAAAUGGCAGAAUGAAUCUGCAGGACUGGGUAUUGCUCUCAAUGUUGAGGUGAUGGUAGUUGAUCUUCUCUCAUUGGAUUCUGUGGCGAGGUUUGCUGAAGCAUGGAAUGCACGCUCAGCACCCUUGCAUGUUCUCAUUAAUAAUGCUGGAAUUUUCUCCAUUGGUGAGCCACAAAAGUUUUCGAAAGAUGGUUAUGAACAACACUUGCAAGUGAAUCAUCUCGCUCCUGCUUUGCUUUCGAUACUUCUUUUGCCAUCGCUUAUGAGGGGUUCUCCUAGUCGAAUUGUUAAUUUGAAUUCCGUUAUGCAUCAUAUUGGCUUUGUUGACGCUGAAGACAUGAAUGUCACAUCUGGAAAAAGAAAAUUUUCUAGUAUGGUGGGGUACUCAAGCAGCAAGUUGGCACAGAUUAUGUUUAGUAGUGUUCUUCAUAAGCGACUCCCUGCUGAAGCUGGCAUCGGUGUAUUGUGCGUAUCACCUGGAAUUGUCCAGACCAAUGUUGCAAGGGAUCUUCCUAAAAUUGUUCAAGCUGGGUAUCAUUUGAUACCUUACUUUAUCUUUAAUGCUCAAGAAGGUGCUAGGAGCGCUCUUUUUGCUGCUACUGAUCCUCAAGUUUCAGAGUAUUGUGAAUUGUUGAAAGCAGAUGAGUGGCCUGUUUGCGCCUUUAUUUCACAAGAUUGUCGUCCAACAAAUCCAUCAGAAGAAGCACAUGACAUUCAAACAUCAUAUGAAGUAUGGGAGAAGACAUUAGAGAUGAUUGGCCUUCCUUCAGAUGCUGUGGAGAGGCUUAUAGAGGGAGAAGAAGUUAAAUGUCGUUAUGGUCAAGAACACUAGUCUAAUUUACAAUGAUGGCCGCAUAACACUUUAUUAGCAGAAAGUGUCACCACAAGCUCCCCCUUAAUCAUGUGUAAGGGCACUUUCAUUAUUUAUAAUUGAGUAAACUUUAGGAGAAGAACCCUUUUAUAUUUUUUGGGCUAGAUUAAUAUACCUAUAGACAGCUUUUCUACUAUCAUAUGUGCUUUUGUAGCGAAAGUUUCCAUAUCCAAAAAGUUUAUGUACAUCCAUUUUGAUCAUAUUUUUGUACUCAACUGCCACCUGUUCCUAGUGGGAGAAUCUGGUCAUAAACGUGUGUUCUGACCACAAAGUUUUGAGGGUUGCUGACAUUUAAUUAAUUACCUCU